CUCGGAUCUCAACCCUAUAAAGCUUUCUUCGCGGGCAACGUUUAAACAAACGAAACGCUUCAAGGCGACAAGGCCAGAAUUGGCGUCGAUCUCGUAAUCAAUCUGGUUGAUACCCGACCCUUCUCUUUCAUUAAAUUGGUUUGAUGAUUUUUUCAGUAUGGAGGAGCAGUUCAUACUAAGAGUCCCAGCUUCUGUUGGAGAGCGGUUAGAUCGUCUUUUGAGUGAAAGUGCUCCAUCUUCUGAAGAUCAAUCAUUAGAUUUGUCAUUUUCUGGGGAUGGCAGGAGUGGCACAUUUGUCAUUGGCAACGACCAUUUCCCUGCUUCUCUCUUAGAGCUUCCUUGUGUUGUAGAAUCUUACAAAACUUAUGAUGAUUCUUCGCUAGUCAAAACUGCUGAUAUUGGUCAGAUGAUUAUGGUUACCGAAGCAAGUGACAAUGCCCCAGAGGCAGUGGAGUACAGGCAUGGUAUCAAUCCUCCUAUGAGGGAUGCUCGAAAACGACGAUUCCGCAGGGAGCCAGACCUGAAUCCUGAGCUUGUCCAGCGUGUUGAGAAGGAUCUGCUGAACAUUAUGGCUGGUGGAACUAUUGAAAAUGCUGAUGUUGAAGCGAAUGAGCAAGAUGAAGAUGGCAAUCAAAAUUCCUGCACUGCAAUUAAGAAAACUUCGCCUGAAGCUGCAGCAAAGCCUGAUGUUCAAGAGGCAGCAGCUGAUGCCGAGGAGCCUGAGAGAAGUGAUUCUGAUGAAUCAGAUUAUUCCUUAUAAUUCUACCCCAUUGGUUGAAACGGCACAUUAUGCACUGAAACUUGAAUUUGAAUUUGGUAUAUACUUCCAGUUCCUUAAAGAUCUUGUGGUGCUGAGUUUACAUAUCCUUUUUAAUGCUUAUUUUGAUAAAAUGUUAUCUCUUCCC